AUGGUAAAGACGCUCAUGACGACGGAGCUCCGGGACAUCGACGGCGACGACGACGACGAGGACGACAAGGACAAUGCAGCAACAUCCGCAACGACACGCCUCCAUCCCGCUCCUCUCGAUGCUCUGCGCACGCCACCCGCCGCCGCGCCAAUUCCCAACGCCCCCCUCGGCCUCGUCGGCCUCGUCCUCAUGGGCGCGUCGCUGCUCUUCCUUUUCUUCAUCAUACUCGCCGGCGUCACCACCAGCACGCCAUUCAACAAGACCUAUUUCCUUCAGGCCGACACGUCGGGCAUUGAUGGCGCCCACUCCGUCUCCCAAUGGACCUACUUUUAUGUCUGCGGCGAGGGCAACACCGAUUGUGGCAAGGCCACGGCCGCCCUGCCCUUUGGCCACGCCUGGAACAAAGAUGCCUCCAACGUGCCCGCCGGCAUCGCCGGCUCCAAGGACGGCUCCAACAACAAGUUUUACCUCCUCUCCCGCUUCGGCUGGGUCUUUCUCCUGCUCGCCCUCUUCUUUGGCACCCUCACCUUCUUCAGCAGCUUCCUCGCCUGCUGCGGCCGUCUCGGGUCGGCCAUUGCCACCUUUGUUAGCUUCUUUGCUCUGCUCUGCCACGCUAUCGCCUCAUCGCUCCUCACUGCUACCUACGUCCUGGCCCAAAAGAAGUUUGCCGCUGACAACCGCACAUCGCACCUUGGUCGCUAUGGCUUUGGUUUUCUCUGGGGCUCUUUUGUCGCCCUGCUGAUUUCUGUCAUCGUAUUCUCUGCCGGCAUCCGAAAGGACCGCAGCAACCCCAGUGCCGGCGGUGGUGGUCGUGGCCGCUUCUGGCGCCGCAAGAGCACUCGCAGCUACGAGGGCCGCCGCGUCAAGGACGAGUACAGCUAA